GACGCCUACUGCAGGUUGAUUGUUGAGUGUACUUGACCUUUGGCUAUGAAGAAACAAAAAUAUUGUAAAUAUCUAAUAGAUCUCUUCAAAAAAGACAAAACACUGAAAGAUAAUGAGGAAGAAUUACGUGACCUUAACUGGUAUCAAAGAUUAGUAAAGAAAGCUUAUCCAUUGGGAUUUCUAUUUGAGUUGAAAGCUUUACUUCGUCUCGCAAUACCAAUUUCUAUUUCUUCAGUGUUCACGUACACAAUUGCACCUGUCAGUAUGGCAUUCUGUGGUCACUUAGGCAAAUUUCAACUAGCCACAAUGGGUUUGGCCAUGUCAGUAUUUAGUGUUUGUGGUAUGUUUGUUAUUCUUGGAUUGCUCACAGCAUGUGAUACGUUAUUUUCUCAGACGUAUGGAAGUACAGCAAAAGAUAAAAUGGUACUUCAACUAUACAGAGCUGUUGUUUUGAUUUCACUAUGUUGUAUUCCAUCCUGUGCCUUGUAUUUAAAUGCUGAGCCAAUCCUACUGUUACUUGGACAAAAUCCAAUUAUUGCUAAGGGUACUGCUGACCUACUGAUCUAUCUAAUACCGGCACUUUUUUUUGGUGCAUUAGGACAACUGUUAAUCAAGUUUGUACAGACACAAAACUGCGUCUAUGCUCCGUUGUUUAUCAUGAUCCUGGUCAAUGGUGUCAAUGCACUAAUGCAUUAUAUACUAAUUUAUCUAUUGAAAAUGGAUGUCAGUGGUUCACCGAUAUCUCAAGCAACAGCAUAUGCUUUUGAAGUGAUAUGCUUCAUUGUCUACAUCAAAUUUAAGGGUAUUUCAAAAAAUAUGAACUUCAAACCUACAUUGGAAAUAUGGGAUGACUGGAGUACAUGGUUUCGCCUAGCAAUUCCUGGUCUAAUUAUGGUGAGCCUUGAAUGGACUAUUUAUGAGAUUGGCGGUUUUGUUGCUGGAACUUUGGGGGCACGUGAAUUGGCUGCGCAAACUAUCGUUAUAACUAUUGGAAGCGUCUGUUAUACAUUGAUUCCACAUGGUGUCGGUAGUGCAACAGGUAUACGUGUGGGUCAAUAUCUUGGUUCAGGAUCUGCUAAAGGUCCUCAUUCGGUGUUCAGUGUAGCGAUAACACUAGUUGGCGCUUGGGCUCUUCCAUAUUUGGGAAUACUAAUUGCUCUGAGAUGGCAUCUACCAAAAAUUUUUACAUUUGAUAAUGGUGUCAUUGAACUUGUUGCUGAAUUAAUGCCAAUUAUUUCAGUCUUCCAAAUUGUCGAUGGGGCAAAUGGUGUCUGUAGCGGUGUCCUGAAAGGGUCUGGCUUGCAAAAUGUCGGUGCAGUUGUAAAUAUUGUUUGUCUUUAUAUUUUGGCUGCACCACUUGGAAUUUGUUUAGUGUAUUUAGCUAAGCUCAGAUUGAGGGGAAUUUGGAUUGGUUUAAUAAGCGCAGCAACAAUACAAGUAUCAACACUAUGCGUUAUUUGUUUUAAAUUAAAUUGGACGACACAAAUCAAGCUGGCUCUUCAAAGAAUCAAGGCUGAGAAUGAUUCUUCUGAAUUACCUACUAAAAACCUAGGUGAACUUUACGCCACAGGAAUUUUGAAAGUUGAAGAGGGUGUUGAUCUAUGGAGAACUGUUUUCAAGACUUGUAUUGUACUGGAUUUCUAGGUGAUGGGAAGAUAGUCUGUCGGAAUUUAUUGUUUCCAGCUAACUUUUACCAGAAGUCUGACUGAUGUAUUCUGGACUGCGUACAGUCUAACCAUUUUACAUCAUAAACACUAUUCGGUGAUGAAUCGUGAAGAGUUUUGUCUUCCAGAUUUCAUACGCUGUGAGUGACUGUUAUUUGAUGAGUUGUCGUUGCAAAUGAUGCAGAAGUACUUUCCCAGUCAUAUGUGAUUUUUAUCUCUUUCAUAAGCAAAAGUAACCGAGUAACAAUUCAUUUAAAGGAUUUUCGUUAUAUCCUUUGAUAUCUUUUUCAUCUUUUCCACCAUUAGAAUCUGUUCUCAACUUAAAAAGUUCAAACCUUUACCCUGAUAGGGUGUGAAGACUUGAAAAUUUCUAUAGGUCCUGAAAAUGAUCAUACUGAAAUUUUCACCUUUCAGCCUAACUAAAUAAUUAUUAAAAUCUGAUCUGGUGUAAUUCCAGGUUUGCGAUUACUCUGAUAUACCUAUUAGUAUUAAAUAGUUAAGCACAAAUGAAAACAGAAUUCUGUUGCAUCUAUUAGGAAAUACAAUUACCAACAACUGUGAAUACAAUAUACUGUACGUUCAAAUUAUUUUGAUUCCAAUAAAUCUUCACUUGGUUUGGAUAUUCAGACAAGAGUAGUCUAGCUGGCAAAGUUACACAACCUGUUAUCUGAAUGAGCUUUAAUUCCAUGUACAUGGGUGAUAGUUUUAUGUUCAUAAAUGUAACCUAAAGUUUAAUCAUGAAUUUCAUCCUGUAAACUAAUCUGAAUAGUUUAGCUGGAUCCUGAUUGUUUUCUAAGUUCAAAAUCAUGAAUAUGAUUCAUCGAUACACACUUUUAAAAGCGUGAACAAUAUCUUUCAUUCUCUCAGUUUUUCAAAAACAGAAAAUCCUGUUAUUUACAAAACUACUACUGGAUUUAUAUGUUAACAGUAGCCCUGGAUCUUUCAGAUCUUUACAGAAAGAAAUUCUCUAUAUUGUCUUAUGAAACAAUCCUAUAUUUAUACUUACGAACACCUGCUUUCUCUUGAAAAUUUAUAAUGUGCUGACUAGAUUUCAAGGAUUUCAUAGAAUUCAUGUUUCCUCGUAAGAUAAGGACAAUAACGCUGCUCACUUUGAUAAUAAUAUGAUGAAUACGUUCUUCAAUGUUUUCAAAAAAUUUAUUACUGCCCCGAAAUGUUUAUUAUGAAAAAAUUUGAAGUCGGUGGGUAGACAGCUGAGUUUUUAUUUAAACUCUAAGUCCCAGAUUGUGACUAUUUUAAAGGGGCUGCUAAGAUUAUUAAUACCAUUCUUCACUUACUGUAAUCGUACAAUAAAUCAUCUGUUGGUUCUCGAAUAAACAACUAGAAAAUAAACUUACUGAACAUAGUCCUCCAAGUUAGCUUUAUUCUACUUUGAAUUACUGCAACAAUUUAAGAACUCUUCGAUUACAAACGUUAUUACUUUACGCUAUCAAGCAAAAAUUAGUUGAAAUUAGAUCAUAAAACAUCACUUACAAAACUAGAAUUAAAUGGCAAGAACAUUUAUUCCUUUUGCUACAGUUACGUUAUUCUUUUUUAAUUUAUUUCUUAUUUCCAAAACAAAAAUAAUAGAUGAUACGCUCUCGGUAAAGCAUAGUCAACAAAAUGAACUGACAGUAUUGAGCAAAAACGAAUCUACAUUGUCAAAAUCAAAAGUUCAUACAAUUAACAAAACAAUAAUUAGAAACAGAGCUAUAUUUAUAUUAAUUUUACUUUUACUACUUAUAUCUAGUAUCUUGUGCCGAAUAUUUCUGAAUUUACCUGAUUUCUUUGGUGUUUAUUGUGUUUAUAGCAAUGAUACAUUUAUAAAUAUUAACAGUAAUCAUUUCAAUGGUAAUUGUACAGUGGUUGUACCAUAAAAAAGCAAACAAGUUGAUUCCAGUACCUACCAAUUAAAAACAGAAGUUAGUUGAAUAUGAAUUUACACCCUGAAAAUUAUUCAAACUGAAAACUAAAUUUUCCCUAUUAACAUGAAGUAAAUAAACAUUAUCCGAGUACCUUAACAUU